CUAGUUCAACUAAUAACAUGGAGACAGUUAAAUCAUUGGAAAAAAUUGGUGGUGAAACAAGAAUGGAUGAACCUCAUCAGAUUGAUCCGGACAGUACAAUGAAUGAAAGUCCUCCAGACAAUGCUGGUGGCAGUAAUUCGUCGAUGAAUAGACGUACAAGUGUUAGCGGUGCUAGUACACUUUCUGCGCCACCAAAUAAUGGUGGAAACGCUGAGGAACAAAAUAAACAUGUUCAAAUGCAAAUGGCUACUGUGAUUCAACUUUAA